AUGGAGAAGGGGGUGCAUCUGGGCUCAGGCCAUGGCGACUCUGGUGGCUUUUUCAGUAAUGGGGCUUCCAAUGCAAAUGGAAGUGGUGGUGGUGGUGGCUCUGGAGGAAGUUCCGGCAAUGGUGUGGGGAGUGGUCGUGGAUCAGGAAGUGGGGAAGGCUCGGGUUAUAACAACGGACCAUAUGGUAACAGCAACGCUAACAGCCGUGGCAGCGGAGGUGGAAGCGGUGGUGGCCGUAACGGUGGGUUUGGCCAUGGUUCUGGUGGUGGUUCAGGUAGCAGUAAUGGAUCUCCAUGGAACUACAGGUAUGGUCCAUGGCAGUGGGACAGCAGCUAUGGCGGUAACAAGGGAACACAGCCUUAA